GGUGUUAUUGUUCAGUCAGUAGCGAGGAGUGUUCUUGGUCGGAUGGUUCUCUCAGCACCUUGAGGUCUGGUCACAGAAACUGCCCUUGUGAGCCAUUCCUGUCCCUUCUGUAGGUCAAUACCUCACCGCAACACACCAUGGACUUCAGCUACUUACUGGAGCUCGCUAAGGAUAAUGAUAAGUUCAACAAGAAAGAGGCUGCAGUCAGUAGGUUUUCUACCAAGGUGUCCAGACCAAAAAAGGUAGAAAGGGCAGCGCCUAAAUUGGAAGCAAUCCAAGCAGUGUUGAGCAGGAAAGAGGAGUUGAAGCAGAAGGAGAAUGAGGAAGCACGGCGCAAGAAAGAAAAUUUGCUGGCCCUGAGAGCACAAGACAGGAAGUCUAAUCAGAGAGUUAAAGCCAUGAUCAACAGAAACAAAGGUGCUUCCAAAUCUGUUUUAGAUGAUGCCAAGGACAUAACAACUGCCAAAGGGGAGGAGCAGUGUGAUGAGGAUGAUUAUGGUUAUGAAUCUACAAUGAGUCAAACCAUUUUCAGUAAGCUAGCUAAUCAAUAUGCAAACAUGCCUGAAGAUGAUAAACUGAGAUUUGUCAAGGCCUCUACCAAAAGCAGUAUAGCAGAUAUCAAGAGCAGAGUUAUUAAUACGUUGAAGAAAGAGGAGGAAGAUGAAUUGGCUCCUCGAAAAAGAAAACGUAAAAGCAAACAGGCAACUGAGGAUGAUGAUUUUAUAAAUGAUGGUGAUGCAUAUGAUGGUGCAUCAAGCAAGUCUGAACUAAAGUCCACCUCUUCUUCUUCUAGCCAGAAGGUUGUUAAUAUUAAUUUCACCAACUAUAAAAGUGAUAAAUUCAAUAACUUUAAAUAUGACGGUGAUAAGGAGAAGAAAAAAUACAAGGAAGACAAUAGGGAGGAGAAGAAGAAAAACAGAGAUGACUAUAAGGAGAAGAAAAGAGACCGAGAAGACAAUAAUGAGAGGGUAAAAGAGAUUGAAGUCUUCAAUGAGAAGAAAUCAAAAAAGCUGAAAGAUAAGAAGCCUAGACCUGCUGCUCCACCACCAAUGAGUUUUGAGGAGCUUCUUAGAGUUGCUCAAAGGAAGCAGGCAGAGCCUCUUCCAGUCUUGAAGGAGGAAAAGAAAGAGAAAGAAAAGGAAAAACCACAGAAAGACUUGGGCCGGCCACUAACUGCCAAAGAAAAGGAAGAGUUGGAAGAUGAGAGAAGACGCAAGUUAAAGAGGCUGGGCAAGUUGCCCCAAGACAAAAUAGAAUUAGAGAAGCCCAAGGAAAAGGAACAAAAGGCUGAUGUGGAAGAUUCACCAAAAAUUAGAAAGAAUGGUGAAAAGAUCAUAAAAAAAGAAAAUCCUACCAAAUUACAGCAAGCUCUUGAAAAGCCUAAGCCAGAACCCAAAGUAAUUGACAAAUCGAAGUACUUUGCAACUGCAGGACAAAAGCCUCGGGAUCCUCCUCAAAUCAAAGAAAUCAAACCUGUGCAGAAUUCCAAGCCACCAGCUCCAAAAACUCAAACGUCUACUGGUAAAGAUUUCGCGCCAAGAGAUAUGAAACCUCCAAAGCCUAGAGAUUUUCCACCUAAGGAUAUGAAGCCUCCAAAAUCACAGAAGGUUCUUCAGAAGAGUAAAGUUAGAGAUUUACCACCACCACCACCGAAGCGGCCUGCAUACAAUCCUCCUCCCAAAAUGCGCAUUGCCAGUGACUCAGAAGAGGAGGAUGAUGACUCCGAUAUGGAUGAUUUCAUCGAUGAUGGAGAUCAAGGCAUAGAUAUCUCAAGUGAAAUUAGAAACCUGUUUGGAUAUGAUAAAAGAAAAUAUCAGGAUGACGAUGACGAUUGUGAUGACAUGGAAGCAUCUUUCUCUCAGAUGCAAAAAGAAGAGCGAAUAUCAGCCAAAAUUGGACUUAAAGAAGAUCUUGAAGAUAUUCAACGGGAAGAGGAGGAGAGGAAGCGGAAGAUGAUGAGAAUGAAACAGUUAAAAAAAUCCAGGAGAUGAGCAUUAAAACACGUGGUCAUUUGAAUACACAAGUAACAAGGUGCCUCCCCACCCUCUCACUAUAAACGUGGGAAAUAGGGUAGAUGUCAGAAUGCGCACGAGUCAGCCUCACGUUGUAGCCAGUGGAGAGAAAUGUUGUAUUGUACUAUAUAGAUAAAAUACAAGAAUGUUUUUAAAAGUACAUGCUUGUCAAUUUUGUUUAAGAAAUAAUUGUUGACUAUUAUAUGAAAAAUGUUGACAUAAAUAUUCCUAUUUUGCAUCAGCAUGAAUGGAUGAGCUUGUACAUUAGGUGUUCUUUCUUUUGAACAUUGGUAUUUACUGUACCUUAUUUUGCCACUGAAAUAUCAACUAAAGGUUUUCUAUCAGGGGCAGUCUAAGCGAGAUCUGUUUAUAGUGUGUAUAUUUAAAAAGUACCAUAUGAAGUUAGUUGUACAGAAUGACUAUAGAUAAAAUAGUGAUCUGUACGUGCUGUGAUACAAUGCAAAAAAUUUGCUCAUGUUUGCAUAUUUUGUGUGAUGGUGUACAGGUUGUGGCUCUCAACAUGUGUCUUUUACUUCCAUGUCGAGCAUUGUUGUAACACAACUGAUACCUUCAGUUGACCUCUUCUUCACAUACAGUGCUGCAACCACCUACUCCUCACAGGUAUAAUUAUAUAUAAUUAUACCUUUCACUUUAUAUAUUCUGUGACAAAUUCCUGAAACUGUAUACAUGGGCAAGAUGUGUUCAGCUGAGUGGUGGGUAGAAAUUUUGUUAUUCGCUUCUGUAAAUCGGUAAACUCUCUAGGUAAAUUAGUCGAAAGUAAAUAAUAAAUAUUUAUAUAUAAAUACAGUACAGUCUGCAUUUUGUUAAAAA